AUGGCCACUUCCAAAUACCCCACCGCUCAAUACACCUCCGAAGAAUUUGUUGAAAGUAGCGGUGCCAUUCUCUUUGACCUGUCACAUGAGACAAAGCGUGUCUGUUUGAUUCACUACACUGUAAAGGAUGAAUGGCUUCUGGCGAAAGGCCGACGAAAUUGUGGCGAAUCUCGGCUUGAAGCAGCUUUGAGAGAAGUGCAAGAGGAAACCGGCUACAAAUGCCACGUUUAUCCUGUUACAAUGUCGACUCGUGCCCCCUCAAAAAAUGAGGCGGAUGAUGUUUCGGACCAUGCUCGGUUGUAUCCUGGCCUUAGUGAGCCUUUCAUGCUCACUAUUCGCGAGCUGAAUGACAAGUCAGAGGCAAAAUUGAUCUGGUGGUAUAUUGCAGCAGUUGAUAAGAGCUUCAAAGGCAGCACACCAUCAGCAGACCGCGAUUUUAGAGCUGAAUUUUUCACGUAUGAUGAAGCUUUGCAAAAGUUGACAUUUCAAGAUGAUCGCAACGUCUUGACAAGGGCCAUCGCUUUAGUGGAAAGCUCAUGA